AUGUCGGAGCGGACACCGGCCCCUUCAACAGAAAUCUGGGACGAGGAGAUCUUGUCCUCAGACGGACUAGAACGUUGGGACGGAGAAGACAAUGUCUUUCGGAUGACGGCAUCCAUUUCACCGAUUCCAACAUUGAAAGACCUCCUCACAGGACUUGCCCAGCGACUUGAGGUUUGGGAGUCUCCACAAGACUUGGAACGCCUCUACCCCCAGACUUUGAGGACCGGAUUUCAAAUGCCGCAGUCGUCCGAGGAAGACAUCCUCAACGAGUUUGGCACCCUGGAGGACGGUGUCCUAGAGCCCGCGGCCAAAGAACAUUUCCAAGAGAUUCACAUCCAACAGUUUUGUGUCUACCGUGCGCCUCAGCAUCCACAGUCGCCAGGUCAGUUCGAAUACCUCAGCGCUGUUGUGUCUGAGCUCGCACCAACAGAAGACUAUACGGCUGGCCUCGCCGAACCCUGCUGGCUCAUUGACGGGUUGCUCGUUUACCGGGGGCUUGUACGCCAGAUUUUUGCGGCAGAAGUCAUCGCAGUUGAGAUUGGCGAACUUGGCAAUCUCGAAGCACACUCGACAGAGGGUUCCAUCUGGAUCAUGACAGUUGAGAGCGAGAAGAAGAACUACUGGUACCGCCUGCAGCUCCCCUCAAAGGUCUAUUUGCCCUACUGGACGAAUUUUGCCUGGCUGGCGGACUUUGCCAAGUUCUUCCUAGACUAUCUCUGUAUCGGCAACAGCGUCCAGUUAUCUGACUUCCGGUCUAAGUUCUGGACCUGGCUGCUCGGUCUCCAUGGGGAAAAGCUGCAGAUCUGGCAUACCCAGUGCGCGAAGCGGACCGACUUUCGUCAGCACGUUCUCUCAUAUGCUCCAUUUCUCUAUCAUGAGGCUUGCGUGCUGGGGCGCAAAGGAACAACCAAUGAACAUGCUUCACGGAUGUCUCAUCCUAUCUGGGUCGAAACCGGCGUGGUCAAAGCAUCGCAGACUCGUCGAGCGGCACUCAAAUCACUGAAAACGACCGUCACGCCCAACAUCGCUGCCUCAUUCUUGCGCUUUUCCGCGUGGCAAAGGUACAACCUGCUGGAAGUGCUUCCGCUAUCUUCUCAGGUAGAAGCCUACCGGGCCAGGAAGAUACGACAGUGGGGAUUUCCCGACAAGUUCAAGGUGAACCAGCGCGAGAAAGCCGCCUUGAUUCUGGAAGAAGCGGGAGAACAGAACGGACCGGUUGACGUUUCCCAUGCAAAAGAGCUCCUCGGCAAAGUUGUUGUCGUGCGGGCAAAGAAGGAUGAUGGCCAGUACGAGUUCAACUACGCGUGGGUGAGGAAGACUAUGAGCAAGACGAUCAGUGUCAUCUGGCUGGUCCUUCCGUCCGAUACGAUAUGUGGCUCUCGAGGGGAUGCAACCGUAUCGUACCCUAUCGGCAACGAAUUGUUCUUCAGUGACCAGUGCAGCUGUGAAGAUAUCCACAUCGAAGAUGUUGUACGAAUCGUCGAGGCCUCGGUAUUACAGGAUCCUACGGCACCAGGCUCCGAGCUAUUCGUUCAGUCGCUCUACCGUGAAGAGGAGGAGGCCAUCACCAACGUGACCGAGUCGGAGUUGUCAUGUCGAUGUCUCCUACAUGGUCAACGCAGCAGCGAAGGGCGCCACCUGCACCCCACGCAGCGCGGCAAUCGACCAAAGCUCCGUGGUCUCAGUCUUUUCAGCGGAGGGGGUCUUUUUGACCAUGCCUUCACCUCCAACGGCAGCAGUGAGAUUGUUUUCGCCGUCGAGCACUGCGAAAUCGCCGCACGAAGCUACCAGGCCAACGACGAUACGAACUGCACUCAGGUGGAAAUCGGGUCGGUCGAGGAAGGGCUCGAUGCCUUUGCCUCAGGGCGAAAGCCUCUGCCCGAAAUCGACUUUAUAAUCGGCGGGUUUCCUUGCCCCUACUACAGUACGCUGAAUGUCUUCAGAGACACGCGAAAAAGCCAGAAGAAUGGCUCGCUGCUGGCGAAUAUGCUGUCAUGGAUCGAGCUCUUUCUGCCUCCAUACGUGCUGAUGGAGAAUGUGCCGAAUAUGGAUCGACUGCGGCCGAAUGCCUGUCGGCAGGCCAUCUGCCAGCUGGUGGCCCUGGGCUAUCAAGUGCGCAAGUCGAUUCACCUGGAUUCGAGGUUGGGCGGAGCGUCAAUCCGGGAGCGACUCUUCGUUGUGGCUGCUGCUCCGGGCGUCAUUCUCCCAGACAGGCUGGUGGACACGCAUGGGCCCGCCGGUUCAGGGCUCCGUAAGAUCCGCACCGUGUCCGAGGUGAUCGGAGACCUGGAUACGAUCGAAAACGACACCAGCAUCAACAUCCGUGACCCGAGUCAUGUUCCUCUCCACCGUCUGGGCCUGGAUUUCAAGCGACAGGUCAGCUAUCGCAGUCUUGUCCGACAGAUCCCAACCCAGCCUGAGUGCAUGUCCCUUAGCAAGACGUAUUACAAUGGGGGCUUGCUCCCUCAUCAACGUCGAUUUUUCGAGGGGAAUCUCCACCCUACGAAGCAGGCCCGGAAUUCCCAGUGCUUAAGACGCGUCGAUCCCGACGCGCCUUUUCGAACGGUGUGCACGAUCACUUCCCCCAUGGACGCCCGGUUUGGCGGACACAUUAUACACCCAUUAGAACACCGCACCUUGUCUCUUAAGGAAGGAGGACGCCGUGCGAUGGGAAUGCCUGACCGCUUUCUCUUGGCCGGCUCUGUUGAAGAGCAAUACAAGCAAUGCGGCAACGGCGUGCCAUGGGCCAUGGGGGCGGGCUGGGGCCGGAACUUCGCCCGUGCCUGGUUUGCAUCUUUGGAUAGGAGGGCGCAGACACAGGGCGAAGCGUCGGGUACUGCGAGCAUCACUUGGAAUCAGGGAGAUGUGUGCCGCGUCAAGACGUCAACCCCGAAGGAAGAUGCGGACGUCAUUGUGCAAAAGCGAAGAGGUCUCUCAAGCACCCUGUAUGAUGGCGACGGUGGGGGUGGAGGUGACGAUGGGGGCAAUGCGAGUGACUCCUCGGUCGAGAUUAUCGAAGUGCGACCGGUGAAGAAGCGCAAAGCAGAUUGUACACUGGACGGAGCGGAAGCAGAUUGA